AUGUCGCGCUACGUUGAAGCUCACGCCAAGCCAAACGGCCCUGGCGAUACUCGCCCGACGGCCCUGCAAAUCAUCAAGGACGAGGACGUUGAGGGCAAGCUCAAGGGCGAAGUCAUUGUCAUCACCGGUACGUCUUCUGGCAUCGGCAUCGAAACCACUCGCGCCCUGGCCACCACCGGUGCCACUCUCUUUCUCACGGUUCGAGACGUCACCAAGGCCCAAUCUGCCCUCGCUGGUAUCUUUGAACCUUCCCGCAUGGAGAUUAUCGAGAUGGACCAGGCAACUCUCUCUUCGGUUCGCACCGCAGCUGCAGCCAUUCUCGCCAAAACCUCCAAGAUUCACCUUCUUGUGAACAAUGCCGGCAUCAUGGCCAUCCCCGACCUCCGCCUAACCGCUGAUGGCCACGAACUCCAAUUCGGCACGAACCACCUUUCGCAUUUCCUCUUCUACAAGCUCUUGGAACCCGCUCUCCUGGCUGCCGCCUCCCCCGACCUCCCGUCCCGUGUCGUCAAUCUCGCUUCCUCAGCCCACAAUGUCCAGGGGAUCAAUGACCCCGACAAUUACAACUUCCAGAAAGGCGGCUAUGACCCCAGUGUGGCCUACGGGCAAUCCAAGACGGCCAACAUUUACAUGGCGAACGAGAUCGAGCGCCGCUAUGGCUCGCGCCACCUACACUCCACGAGCGUCCAUCCCGGCCUUGUGCAGACAGGACUGACCCAGCAUAUGCCCCCGGGUGCCUUCAAGGGUAUGGAGUUCUUGUACCCCACCAUGAAGAGCGUUGAGCAGGGUGCUGCAACAUCGGUAUGGGCGGCCGUCGGCAAGGCAUGGAAACAUGAGGGCGGCAAGUACCUCGUUGACUGUGCCGUGGCAGAGCCGUAUGCGGAAGGAGAUGACAAGUUCUCUGCGCCUGGAUAUUCCCCGUACGCCUAUGACGUCGAGAAGGCGAAGAGGCUUUGGAUCGACUCACUCGAACUUGUAGGCUUGCGGGAUGAAGAGUAG